GCGGAAGGAGGGAGGGGGGGAAAAAAAAAGGAAAAGGGAACAGAAACAUGGCCGUCAGCUGUCGGGGUGGCCGUGCCGCGGGCAGCUCCUAGGCGACCCGCUGCCCUCACGGCCGACCUCCGGUUAGUUGAGGCACUCGCGCGAGGCAGCGCUCCCGGACGUUACCCCUCGCUUCAUGCGGCGCCCCUCGAGACCCAGCCCGUGAGGCGGCGCAGGCGCAGAGCGGGUCGUGGUGGCUGCGGCGGCCGCCGCGGGUGCAAGUCCCCCGCCCGGCCCUGUCGAGGGCGCCCAGGCCGCGAAGCCGGCGCUUUCAUGCUCCGGAAAGGGACUGUGCUCGGGUGGCGCUGAAGCGGGCGGCAGGAAAUAUAAUAGCAGCCAUGAUAGAAGACAAAGGGCCAAGAGUGACGGACUACUUUGUCGUGGCAGGUCUCACCGACACAUCUACUCUAUUGGAUCAAGAAUUAAAUCGUUUAGAUACUAAGUCAACUGGACCUAAAGCUCCAAUUACAGACAUUGCAGUUAUUAACAAAUCAGCUGGGGAAACAGUACCUGAAGGUUACACCUGUGUUGAAGCCACUCCGUCAGCUCUCCAAGCAAACUUGAACUAUGGAAGUCUGAAAAGCCCAGAACUGUUCCUCUGUUAUAAGAGAGGGAGAGAUAAACCACCCCUUACUGACAUUGGAGUUUUAUAUGAAGGGAAAGAAAGGCUUAUUCCUGGAUGUGAAGUGAUCCAAGCCACACCCUAUGGUCGCUGUGCCAAUGUCAACAAUAGUUCAACUACUUCACAAAGAAUUUUUAUCACUUAUCGAAGGGCUCCUCCAGUUCGACCCCAGAAUUCUUUGGCUGUAACUGAUAUCUGUGUUAUUGUAACCAGUAAAGGAGAAACCCCUCCUCACACUUUCUGCAAAGUUGACAAAAAUUUAAAUUGUGGAAUGUGGGGUUCCAGUGUGUUUCUAUGUUAUAAGAAGUCUGUACCUGCUUCUAAUUCAAUAGCAUAUAAAGCUGGUUUAAUUUUUAGAUACCCAGAAGAUGACUAUGAGUCAUUUCCACUCUCAGAAUCUGUACCUAUCUUCUGCCUUCCUAUGGGAGCUACUAUUGAAUGUUGGGAUCCCCAAACCAAACACCCACUUCCAGUUUUUUCAACUUUCGUCCUGACAGCUUCUUCUGCUGAAAAGGUAUAUGGAGCUGCUAUCCAGUUUUAUGAGCCUUACUCUUGGGAACUUCUAACAGAGAAACAGCUUAUGCAGCUGGGCUUGUUGACACCUGUGGAGAGAAAAAUGGUCUCCAAAUCCAUCAAUUCAAACAAAUGCAUUUGUUUACUCUCACACUGGCCUUUUUUUGAAGCUUUUAGAAAAUUUCUCAUGUUUAUCUACAAACUUUCUGUGUCUGGACCACAUCCUCUUCCCAUUGAAAAGCACAUUUCACAUUUUAUGCAAAAUAUCCCUUUUCCUUCACCACAAAGACCAAGAAUUCUUGUACAGCUAUCUGCCCAUGAUGCGUUAAUAUUAUCACAGCCAGUUUCUACACCUUUACCACUAAGUGGAGCCAACUUUAGUACCUUGUUAAUGAACCUGGGUCCUGAGAACUGUGCUACGCUGCUGCUCUUUGUUUUACUUGAGAGUAAGAUUCUGCUGCAUUCUCUUAGGCCAGCAGUGUUGACUGGAGUGGCCGAAGCUGUUGUAGCUAUGAUCUUUCCAUUUCAGUGGCAAUGUCCAUAUAUUCCCCUUUGUCCUCUCUCACUGGCGGCGGUGCUUAGUGCACCUGUACCAUUCAUAGUUGGAGUUGACUCAAGGUAUUUUGACCUUCAUGACCCUCCACAGGAUGUGGUUUGCAUUGACCUGGACACAAACAUGUUAUAUGUAUCUGAUGAAAAGAAGAACAUGAACUGGAAGCUUCUUCCUAAAAAGCCAUGCAAAAAUCUGCUUAGCACCUUGAAGAAAUUGUAUCCCCAGCUAUCUGCAGUUCACCGAAAAACUCAAGAAGGCUCAGCAAUUGAGAUGACUCCAAUUGAAGCAGAUUUCUCCUGGCAAAAAAAGAUGACACAACUUGAGAUGGAAAUUCAAGAGGCAUUUUUGCGCUUUAUGGCAUCCAUUUUAAGAGGAUAUAGAGCAUAUCUCAGACCAAUCACAGAGGCUCCGUCAAAUAAAGCCACAUUUGCUGAUUCAUUAUUUGACCGACAGGGAUUUUUAAAAAGUCGAGAUCGUGCCUAUACAAAAUUCUACACCCUUUUAUCCAAAACACAGAUUUUUAUUCGUUUUAUUGAAGAAUGUAGUUUUGUAAGUGAUAAAGAUACUGGUUUGGCAUUUUUUGAUGACUGCAUAGAAAAGUUGUUUCCUGAUAAAGGCACAGAGAAAACAGAUAAGGGUGAUUUUGAUUCAGCAGAAGAUACCAAGUUGAUAGAGCUAGAUGACUCACAGAGAAGUGAGCACACUGUAUUCAUAACACCACCAGAGCCACCUCCUGAUGACGGAAAGGACCUGUCACCAAAGUACAGUUACAAAUACUUUCCAAGACUGGACCUUAAGCUUUUUGACAGACCACAGGAGUUGAAACUUCGUUUUAAUAGACACCCUACUGGGAAUAGCAUUACAAACAGUCCAGCUCUCAUGGCUAAGAGAACUAAACAGGAGAUAAAAACAGCUCAUAAGUUGGCGAAGAGAUGUUACACAAAUCCACCACAAUGGGCCAGGUGUCUCUUCAGUCAUUGUUACAGUUUAUGGUUUAUUUGUCUCCCAGCCUAUGUUAGAGUUUCUCAUCCUAAAGUCAGAGCACUUCAGCAGGCAUAUGAUGUACUGAUUAAGAUGAGGAAAACAGAUGUGGAUCCACUAGAUGAGGUGUGCUAUCGAGUAGUAAUGCAGCUUUGUGGACUUUGGUGUCAUCCUGUUUUAGCAGUGAGAGUUUUAUUUGAAAUGAAAACUGCUAACAUAAAGCCAAAUGCCAUUACUUAUGGUUAUUAUAAUAAGGUAGUUUUGGAGAGCCCGUGGCCUCGCAGUACCCGCAGUGGUAUCUUCUUAUGGACGAAGGUACGGAAUGUGGUACAUGGCUUGGCACAAUUUAGGCAGCCGCUUAAAAAGACUGUGCAAAAGUCACAGGUCUCCUCAAUAUCAGCUCCUCAGAAUGCCACAGGUGGAAGUGACGGGGACACGGUGAGCCAUGGCAGCGUGGACAGUUCUAAUGAUGCUAACAGUGGAGAGCACACCGUCUUCGUCAGAGAUUUAAUCAGCCUCGAUUCCACUGAUAAUCACUCCAGCACAGGUGGUCAGUCUGACCAAGGCUAUGGGUCUAAGGAUGAACUUGUAAAGGAUGAUGCAGAAAUUCAUGUGCCUGAAGAACCAGUAACAAGAGAAUUGAUAACUAAAACGAAAGUGCAAACAGAAGAGGUGUGUGAUGUCUCUGUUGUUGUGACAAAACAUUCACAACCCAGUGGAGAGCCGCAGAGUCCCACUGAGCCUCCUGCGUGGGGCAGCAGUAUUGUGAAAGUGCCAUCCGGUGUAUUUGAUGUCAGCGGCAGGAAAAGUAGCACUGGUAGUACAUCAAAUGUGCUGUUUUCUACUCAAGAUCCAGUGGAAGAUGCAGUCUUUGGCGAAGUUACUAAUCUCAAGAAUGGUGAUAGAGGAGAAAAAAGACAAAAGCAUUUCCCAGAGAGGAGUUGUAGUUUUAGUUCUGAAAGUCGAGCAGGAAUGUUGCUUAAGAAGAGCAGCUUGGAUCUGAAUUCAAGUGAAAUGGCCAUCAUGAUGGGAGCAGAUGCCAAGAUUCUCACGGCAGCAUUGACGUGUCCGAAGACUUCUCCACUUCAUAUUCCAAGAACCUACAGCUUUGAGAGUGUUAGCUGUCAUUUAGCUGAUACUAGGAUUCGUGUGUCCGAAAGCACUUGGGAUUCUGAGCACAGAUCUUCUGUCUUAGAGAUGCUUGAGGAAAGCCAGGAGCUCCUAGAACCUGUGGUUGAUGACAGUGUAGCUGAAACUACUAUGACAGAGGAUACACAUGACAGUCUACAAAAUGACAGUAACAGUAGUCAGCCCAGAGACUUGACAGCAGGAUCCAAAGAUCUGAUAAGUAAAAGAAGUAGUUUAUAUGGUGCUGCUAAAGCUGUUGAGAGGGAAGAUGUUGAAACUGGACUAGAUCCUUUGUCUCUUUUAGCCACUGAAUGUACAGGAGAAAAAACUUCUGAUUCUGAAGAUAAAGCGUUUUCUCCAGUGAUUGCACGUAAUUUGGCUGAUGAAAUCGAAAGCUAUAUGAACCUAAAGAGUCCCCUGGGUAGCAAGUCUUCUAGUAUGGAAUUACAUGGAGAGGGAAACAGAGAGCCUGGCACUACUACUGCAUUUAUUCACCCUUUAGAGAGGAGAUCAAGCCUACCUUUAGAUCAUAGUCCACCAGCGGAGGAAAAUUCCGAAAGUGAAAAGAGAUCCCCUGCAGUGUCUAGGUCUAAAACUUUUACUGCGCGUUUCAAGCAGCAAACUCCCUCUCGAGGUCCGAAAGACCGUUCAAGUUCGUUAUCAGCCCUGAUGCGUUCUUCACCACAUGGCUCACUGGGUUCUGUGGUAAAUUCUUUGUCAGGGCUAAAGCUGGAUAAUAUACUCUCAGGGCCCAAGAUAGAUGUUCUGAAAUCUGGUAUGAAACAAGCAGCAACAGUAGCCAGUAAGAUGUGGGUAGCUGUGGGUAACUACACCUCCUCAGAUGAUAAGGUCAAGGAAGAAACUAACAGAGAUUACAGCUUCCCAGCUGGUCUUGAAGAUCAUAUUUUGGGGGAGAAUACAUCACCUAACACAAGUAUCUCAGGGUUGGUCCCCUGUGAACUUACUCAGAGCAACACAAGCCUUGGCAGUAGCAGCAGCAGUGGAGAUGUAGGGAAACCGCAUAACCCCACAGGUGAACUUCCAUUUCCAGGAGGCAUAAAAGGGCAGGACUUUGAAAAAUCAGACCAUGGUUCUUCUCAAAAUACCAGCAUGUCUAGCAUCUAUCAGAAUUGUGCAAUGGAGGUUUUGAUGUCAAGUUGUUCACAGUGCAGAGCUUGUGAAGCUUUAGUUUAUGAUGAAGAAAUUAUGGCUGGAUGGACGGCAGAUGAUUCAAAUUUGAAUACAACCUGUCCGUUCUGUAAAAGCAACUUCUUGCCUCUUCUCAAUAUAGAAUUUAAAGACUUGAGAGGGUCUGCAAGCUUCUUCCUGAAACCAGCUACCUCUGGUGACAGUUUACAAAGUGGCAGCAUUCCAUUGGCAAGUGAACCUUUGGAGCACAAACCUGUAUCCAGUUCAGCAGAACCUGACUUGAUCAACUUUAUGGAUUUCCCCAAGCAUAACCAGACCAUAACUGAAGAAACAAACUCUGCAGCGGAACCAAGUGACGAAAUAAAGAAAGCCAGUGAAGAUGUCCAAACUAUGAAAAUUUCACCUGUGCCUAAUAGUGUAGCAAAGCGGAACGUGUCUUUGACUCGAAGUCACAGUGUUGGCGGUCCCUUGCAAAACAUUGACUUUUCCCAGCGACCGUGUCCUGGCAUUUCAACAGUUAGCCUUCCAAACAGUCUGCAGGAAGUUGUGGAUCCUUUAGGGAAAAGACCCAAUCCUCCCCCUGUUUCUGUGCCUUACUUGAGUCCUCUAGUGCUUCGUAAAGAACUUGAAUCUUUGCUAGAAAAUGAAGGUGAUCAGGUGAUUCACACAUCCUCUUUCAUCAAUCAACAUCCAAUCAUUUUCUGGAACCUCGUAUGGUAUUUCAGACGUUUGGACCUUCCCAGUAAUUUGCCAGGACUUAUCCUCACAUCUGAACAUUGCAAUGGAGGUAUACAGCUUCCUCUGUCAUCCCUGUCCCAGGAUAGCAAACUUGUGUAUAUUCAGCUGUUAUGGGAUAAUAUCAACCUUCAUCAGGAACCAGGAGAACCUUUGUAUGUCUCAUGGAGGAAUUUUAAUUCUGAAAAGAAAUUGUCUCUCCUGUCAGAGGAACAACAAGAAACAAGCACUUUAGUAGAAACCAUCAGGCAGAGUAUUCAACAUAAUGAUGUUCUUAAACCCAUCAACCUGCUUUUACAGCAAAUGAAGCCGGACAAGAAAAGACAAAGGAGUUUAUACAGAGAAAUCCUCUUCUUAUCAUUAGUAUCUCUUGGAAGAGAGAAUAUUGAUAUUGAGGCUUUUGAUAAUGAAUAUGGAACUGCAUACAAUCGUCUGUCUCCAGAGAUCCUUGAAAAGGUGCAGAAAAUCGAUGUCCCACCAAGUAUCAGUGUGGAGUGGUGCAGGAAGUGUUUCGGAGCGCCUCUCAUUUAAACAGAUUCACUAGAUUUCUGACACAAAGCUGGGGAAUAGAUUCAGUCUGGAUACAUUCAGGGUGUGUUCCAAAUGCCAAGAAUUGGUGAACACUGAAAUGAAGUAACUCUUGGGAUAAUAUAUAAUGAAAUGUAAUUCAUACUGAAUCAUCUCACAAUGUAAAAAGACAUUAAAAUGCCCCAGGUUUAUUGUUGAAAAUUUACAACCUCUGCUGAAAACUGUUUGGACUUCUCAGUAUUUGUAGCUUGAUGAGAAACCAUAUUCAUCCUUGGCCUUUUGUUUCUAUUUGAAGCUAUAGGGUUUGGGGAAUGGCAAAUUUAUGUAAACUUGUACAACCCCGUAACAAAUGAAAUAUCUCAGUUUUAUAAGAGCAGCUCUUUGUGUAUGUGUAUAUAUGUAUGGCUGUGUAGGUAUGUAUAUAUACAGCCAUAUUAUAUUUAUUAAGUUUUAGAUUGCGUGUUGCAGUUUUCUGAAAGGGGUCUGUUAAAUGGCUACCACUAAAACUCACCUGUAGUCAUUAAUCUCAAAAUUACCUGAAAGUCUGUUAACUGCCUUGCCUCUGACUUUAAAUUUAAUAUAUUUCUUCACCCUUCAAAUUGUGUAUUAUCUCCCUUAAUGGAUUGUAUAUUGAAUAUCCAGUUACUUCCUUCCAUCUUCCCAAUAACCACGUUAAUAUGCAACAGCUUUAAAAUUGGAAUGAGCCAGAUAGUUUAAAUGAAAUUUAGAUCAGCUUCAUACAUCACAAAUCGAAACAUGCCUCAACUGCUUGUAUAUAUUGUCUUUGGACCUGAGAUUGUUCAGGCACAGUAGUAACUGGUUGCUAUUGGUCACUUUUAAAAACCUGUGGGAUGGAUAAACUUGCACUGCAGUUCUAUUCUUGUAUAAUAGAUUUGUAUGCUCAUUUGUGCAUUUGUAAAUAGUUUUUUUAGGAUGAAUCAAGUCUUAAAAAUGAAGCUUGUUUGUUGCCAGUAUGUUUAAGAAAAUCAUGACCUUCCAUACCUGGCAUUUAUCAUGCCUUUUGUUAAAAAUGUCCCUUAAGAACAAUAAGAUUGCCUUAACUCUGCACUGCUUAAAAAGCCAGUGGUUGUGCGCUUUUAUAGCAAUUAUACAUGACUAAAUGAGUUGAUACAAAAAUUACUUGCAGGUAGUUAACAGCAUACUUGGUGUAAUCUUUUACAUGUUGUUCCUGUACCAAGUCUUCCAACAUUUCAGGGUUAAUCUGACCUCUGCAGAACUCGUUUCAAUUUAUUGUGAAAGUGCUUAGUGGAAGAAAUUGUCUGAAAUUAUGUUCAAUUCUUAUUACCUUAAAAAUGGAUCUUUUGCACUGUGUCUCAGUAAUUUUUUUUCAAGACUUGGUACUAGUUUUAAUGCUUAAUAACUUCUUGUCCCAACAGAAAGUUUGUAAUACCCUUCCAUAUAAAAAAAUUGAUGUUGAAAGGAAAAAGUCCUUAAGUUUACUCUCUUGCCUGUUACAUUUUUAAAGCUCCUAAAAUGUAUAAUUAAAGCAAACCUUUGUGAUCUUCUUACCAAAGCAUGUCCCACUAAAACCAAAAAGAAAACAAAAACCCAAUGUAUAAUGAUCUUACACGUUGUGGGUUGACUACAGCAUCCUGUAUGGGUAAUCUUAAAUCUGCCUGAAUUGAGUUAGAAUAGUCUAGGUCAGUCUCAUCUGUCCACUUUAGAGACUGCACUCAGAAAGCAGGGUGGUUCAUAUUUUGUGUAUUAGAAUCAACCAUAUACUGGCUAAUACAGAAUUCUGGGCUAUUAUAUACACCAGAGUUGCCUUUUGGCCUUAAGUUAAACCUUAUGACUAUAUGUCCUUUUUGUUUUGGAUAUCUUUAAAAAUGCUACAUUUUCCCUUUUUGCGUUUUAAGCUCAACUUUGAUUUACAAUGUCAAUUGCCAAUUGCGACUUCAUGUUAUGUAACUAAUAACCAUGUAUUAAGAGCAAUAGGGAUCUUUUACUGUUGACUAAGAAUCUUGGUUCUCACAGUAUGGUCCAGGGACUGGCAUCAUUGGCCUCACAUGGCAACUUAUCUCUACAUGCUAGAAUUUGAAAAUUUUACUCAUCUGUGGUUAAAAUAUUUCGGCAAAUAAGGAGCCCCCUUUCUUCACUGUUAAAGCCUAAUGUGCCUUCUUUUUAAGACCUUCAAAGUCUGUAAAGGUUAGUUCUAGCUGCAGUUACCACAAAAAUUAGAAAUGGCACAUUAGAUAAAGUAUACUACUUUCUCUUUGUGCAUCCUUCAUUGGUGUGUUUCUUAAAUAGAUCUGGUCAACUCCUGUUCAGAAUGUGAAAUAGAAUAAAAUCAUGAACAAGUCACUGGAGUUGAAAAGUUGUCUGUUGGUAAUGCAGUAAAUUUGCACUGGUUUUUAAAACUUGGAGAACUGUUUCAAAAUGGUAUCCAUUAACAGCUUUUAACAAGUUAUCUUUUUUACAUAUGACAAAUGUCCAUCUUCGUAAGGACACUUUUCAUGUACUGUGUAUAGAUCUUUAAUAAAAACUGUAUUCCUCAAAAUAAAGUGUAUAAAAGAUUAA